AUGGGUGUUCCCAAGUUCUUCCGAUGGCUCUCGGAGCGCUACCCAGCCAUCUCCCAGUUGAUCGCCGAGAACCGGAUCCCCGAGUUCGACUGCCUUUACCUGGAUAUGAACGGUAUCAUUCACAACUGUACCCACAAAGAUUCCGACGAUGUGCAAUUUCGACUCAGCGAGGAGGAGAUGUUCAUCGCCAUUUUCAACUACAUCGAACAUCUCUUCGGGAAAAUCAAACCCAAGAAGCUAUUCUUCAUGGCCAUCGAUGGCGUUGCCCCGCGCGCCAAGAUGAACCAGCAACGUGCUCGUCGUUUCCGGACGGCCCUGGAUGCCGAAAAGGCGCGCGAUAAGGCCAUCAAGGAGGGCAAGGAGCUGCCCAAGGAAGAGCCGUUUGAUAGCAACUGCAUCACGCCAGGGACCGAGUUCAUGGCAAAGCUGACGCAGCAGCUCAAGUACUUCAUCAACAAAAAAGUCUCGGAGGAUAGGGACUGGCAGUCUCCCGAGAUUGUGCUUUCCGGCCAUGAAGUGCCCGGAGAAGGCGAGCACAAAAUUAUGGAGUACAUCCGGAACGCCCGCGCCCAGCCGGACUACAACCCCAACGUUCGCCAUUGUUUGUACGGUCUCGAUGCGGAUCUGAUUAUGUUGGGGCUUUUGAGCCACGACCCACACUUCUGUCUCCUCCGCGAGGAGGUCACGUUCGGACGCCAGUCUAAGAACAAGUCGAAAGAGUUGGAACACCAAAACUUCUAUCUGAUGCACUUAUGUAUCGUUCGAGAGUAUUUGGAGCUUGAGUUCCAAGACUUGAAAAAGGAGGGGGCCUUGCCUUUCCCAUUCGACAUGGAAAAGGUGAUUGACGACUUCAUUCUCAUGGCCUUUUUUGUCGGCAACGAUUUUCUGCCGAAUUUGCCACACCUUCACAUCAACGAGGGUGCCUUGAGCACCAUGUUCAGGAUAUACAAGGUUGUCCUGCCGACGUGUGACGGCUACAUCAACGAGAAUGGAACGGUGAACCUGCACCGCCUUGGCCGUCUCCUCGAUGAGCUUGGAAAGGAGGAGUACCGCUUCUUCGAGCACGAGAAUGAGGAUGCUAGCUGGCUGCGUGGGAAGCGAAUGCUCGAGAACGAUGAGACGGAGAAGCUUCGGGCGAAAGCCAAGGGCAAGCUCAUUGUUAGCACCGGCCAAAAGGCCAUCUGGAAACAGAAAAUUCGCAAGUUCCUUACCAGCCGCACGUCCGAGUCCCUCGAUCUAGGCUCAAAACUCAACGCCGAGGACCGCAAGUUUGUCCAGGACCUUGCUGAAGCGGCCCAUCUUGAAUGGGCCACAAAACCGGACGACGAGGGGCACCGCCAUCUGAUCCUGUCCUACCCCCCACAGGACGAGGAGGAUGAAGAGGAUGAAGAGUCGCAAUCGGCAGUGUUGCGUAUCGUGAAAAGAUAUGACAAUGCACAGGUUCUAGACCUCACGGCGGCCGACGCCCAGGCUGCGAUGGAUGCCAAGUACAAAGAGAAAUUCGAGGAAUGGAAGGACGAGUACUACUUCCAAAAGUUUGAGGACUGGACAAAAGAGAACAAGGAGGAGGAGCUCCGGAAGCUAACGGAGAACUACGUCCAAGGCCUGCAAUGGGUGCUUUACUACUACUACCGUGGAAUCGCGUCAUGGCCCUGGUUCUACCGGUAUCACUAUUCGCCCAUGAUUUCGGACGUCAUGAAGGGCCUGAACGCGGAUCUCAACUUCAAGCUUGGCCAGCCAUUCAGGCCGAACGAACAACUCAUGGGUGUGCUGCCGGACCGCAGUAAAAAGAUCGUCCCCACGGUGUACUGGGAACUCAUGACGGAUGCCAAUUCACCCAUCAUCGAUUUCUACCCUAGGGAUUUCGAAUUGGACAUGAACGGCAAAAAGAUGGACUGGGAAGCUGUUGUCAAGAUCCCGUUCAUCGACGAGAAGCGGUUGUUGGCGGCCAUGAAGCCCAAGGAUGCGCUUCUGUCCGACGACCAAAAGGCGCGUAACGAUUUCGGGGUUGCCUUGAAGUUCACGUACUCGGAAGACAUGAAUUUUGUGUACCCAUCCCCGCUAGUCGAUGUUUUCCCACCCAUCGCUCACUGCCACUGCGUGGAGAACAUCUUUGACCUGCCGCCCGUUGAAGGACUGGAAUACCGCGCUGGCCUGACGGAUGGUGCGUUGCUCAACAUCGAGGCGUUGGCCGGGUUCCCCAGUUUGGCGACGCUGCCAUACGUCGCAAGCCUGGGUUUCCACGGUGUCAAUGUUUUCCAGCAGGACAGCCGCAACGAGAGCAUGGUUGUCAACUUGCUGGACACAGAACUGCGGACGAAUGUGGAGUCGGCGAAGGUCAAGCUUGGCCAACGCUGCUUUGUUGGCUUCCCGUUUUUGCAGGAGGCCAAGAUCGUCAAGGUCUCUGACGAGCUGUUUGACUACACGCUUGCGGAAGAUGGUAGCGGGCAGGUCAUCCCCCAGAACCAUUCACACCGUGAGAUCGAGGACUGGAGCAAGAAGGCGGACAGGAUUGAGAAUUUCUACAGCAAGCGGCUGGGUAUCUUGAUUGGCCCUGUCGAGUCGCUCGUUUCCGUUCACAUGCUCAAGGGUCUGAUCAAGACCAACGAGGGCGCCACGAUCAAGGAAUAUGGCGAGAUUCCCGGUAUGGAGACUGAGUACGCCUCCCAGAUCAUCGUGGAUGAAGUGGUCAAUGAGGACGAGCGUUUUAUUGAGAGGGCAGCUCUGCCGGUCGAGGUUGAAUUUCCUCUCAACUCCGUCGGCUUCUUCCUCGGCGACUUCAACUACGGCCAGCCUUUCGAGGUUGGUGGUCACUCGAGUGGCAAGCUCACGAUCUGGUUGGCCGUUCAGGACAAAAAGGUCGUCCAGGAGAAGGGCGAGACUAUAUUUGCGAAGAAAAUCAUCCACGAUGCGGAAAGGGGCAUGCACUACUUGCCGUCCUACAUGGUCGCGAAACAGCUCGACUUGCAUCCACUGACGCUAAGCAAGAUCACUUCGUCCUACUUCAUCCGGACCCUGGGGGAUCUCCGUGUCAAUCUCGGACUGAAUCUCAAGUUCGAGGGGAGGAAACAAAAGGUGCUCGGGUACUCCCGCAAGUCCCAGACUGGCUGGGAGUUUAGCCCCGCUGCAGUCCACCUGAUCGUGGAGUAUAUGACACGGUUCCCCGACUUCUUCGCUGGUGUCAAGCGGAACCCUUCGAGCGCCGAGCUCACCGAGAGCGAUCUCUGGGCCGAUGCUACCGCUGGGUCUACCCGCGUUAAGGAGAUCGGUGCUUGGCUCAAGACUCUCAAGACCAGCUCCAUGGAACGUGUCCCUCUCGAUGCUGAACAGCUCGACUCCGAUGUGGUCAUGCGGCUCGCUACCGAGGCCGACAACCUGCAGCUGAGCGCCAUCCCGGCCACUCCCAAGAAGAUGAACGGUGUGCCACGCAACGCUCUCAUGCGUCCCGAAGAUGCGGAGCACCGCCUCGGCAACCAGGACUUCUCACUCGGCGAUCGCGUGGCGUAUGUCGCCUCCACCGGCAAAGUCCCUAUUGCGUUCCACGGUACCGUCGUUGGCAUCAGCCGCACCCCAACCGCCAAGCUCCUCGACGUCGUCUUCGACGUCACCUUCAUGAGCGGCACCACCCUCGGCGACCGGUGCCCGCCGUUCCGCGGGCAGACUGUCCCUUCGACUACGCUCCUCAACUUGACCCACCACCAGGUUGUCGCCGACUCCAAGGCUCAAGUGGCCCGCCAGCCCGUCAGCCCUUCGGUCACGACGCUCACGGCCCACGGCGGCUACCACAUGAAUGGCAAGCGUUACACCGAUGCCUCAGCCCCGCCCCCCUUGCAAGGCAGCUGGCGCGGCGCAGUGAACGGCGGCGGCCGUGGUGGUCGAGGCGGCGGUGGACAGCGUGGUGCGAUCCAGGGUAACCUCCCGUAUCGUCCGCACCAUCAAACCCAGGGCGGCGACGGGUUCCAGCAGAACGGCCAAGGCCGGGGCCGUGGCGGAGGAGGUGGCCAGUUUAGGGGUGGACGCGGUGGUGGUGGUAACGGAAAUGGCGGUUCUGGUAUCUACGGCGCUGUGCCACCGCCGGCGAGCUUGGAUGCGCCGAGCCGUGGUGGACGGGGUCGUGGACGCGGUGGGAGGGGUCGUGGUGGUGGUGAUGGACAGGGGUUUAGAGGACGUGGAGGUGGUGGAAGGGGUGUCGCGCAACAGCCGGCGGCUUUGCAAGGUUAG